AUGGCGACUGCGACCGAGGCAAAUGCCUUAGGGUACAAUUUGAAGGUGGACUAUGUGAUACACUACAGCUUCGGUGAUUCAGACCAGGCGCAGGCAAUUGCACAGCUCGAGAAGCUGCUCCAGACCCUCGCCAAUGCUGGUUUACAAUCUGAAGUCCGUCAGGGCGAUGAGACGUCGCUGCUGGUCUUUGUAUGUGCUUCGAAGAAGCGGCUGAACAGGGCGGUGUAUCGGUCGCGAGUCCGCGACUGGCUUUAUGGUAUUCGUAAUGCCGAACCAGAACCCGCUAGCUCUAUCGAACCUCAGAAUGAAGGCGAGCGACUGCGGGUGAUCAACCAGAUGAUCACGCUCCCCACCGAAGAGGGCGGCGCCGGUAUCACCCCGAAACACGGUGAAUGGAAAAACGUCACUGGGCUCUUACCUCUGCACGACGAGGAGACCAACAAGAAAUGGCUGCACGAAUGGAGCCAGAAGACCUUCCUCUCGGAAGAGGACUUGGAUCAGAUCCGGGAUAAGUUUGGUGAGAGUGUCGGGUUCUACUUCUCGUUCCUCCAGUCCUACUUCCGAUUCCUGAUCUUCCCGGCUGUGUUUGGAUUCUCGUGCUGGCUCCUCCUCGGGGGAUAUUCGAUUGUGUAUACCUUGGUCAAUUCAUUGUGGUGCAUCGUCUUUGUGGAGUACUGGAAGAGGAAGGAAGUGGACUUGAGCUGUCGCUGGCAGACCAAGGGUAUUUCAGCGGUGCAGACUAAGCGGCGCGAGUUCAAGCCCGAGAAGGAGAUUCGUGAUGAAGGCACUGGCGAGACGCGGGGAGUCUUUCCUGCUACGAAGCGUAUGCAGCGCCAGCUCCUCCAGAUUCCAUUCGCGUUGGUGGCUGCUAUCGGUCUGGGAGUGAUUAUUGCAACUUGCUUUGCGAUUGAGAUCUUCAUCUCGGAACUGUACAAUGGUCCUCUGAAGAGCUACCUGACCUUCAUUCCCACCAUUCUCCUCUCUGCAUUGGUGCCGACCAUGAGCGCAGUCCUUAUGUCCAUUGCCGCCAAGAUCAACGACUACGAGAACCACGAGACCAACGAUGCUUAUGACUCUGCACUCACCCAGAAGGUCUUUGUGAUCAAUUUUAUCACUUCCUAUCUGCCCGUCCUCCUCACAGCAUUUGUCUACGUGCCAUUUGCCAGCCAUAUUGUCCCAUAUCUGGAUAUCUUCCGGCUGACUAUCCGUCCUUUCGUGUCCAAAGAACACACUGCCACUGAUUGCUCAAGCUUCAAGAUUGAUCCUCAUCGCCUGAGGAACCAAGUCAUCUACUUCACUGUCACUGCCCAAAUUGUUGGAUUCGCCAUGGAGACUAUUGUCCCAUACAUUAAGCAGCACGCGCUGCGGGAGUACAAGGAGUACAACAAGAAGAAGAAUGGCAAGGCUGAGAAUAAUGGUGGUAAGGAUUCUCCUGAGCGCUCGCCCAUCAUGACCUAUGACGAUCCAGCCGAGGAGAAGGAAUUCUUGAAGCGUGUCCGUAACGAGGUCGAGCUCCCCGAGUACGUAGUGACCGAUGACCUGCGCGAAAUGUGCAUUCAAUUUGGCUACCUCGCGCUCUUCUCACCCACAUGGCCUCUUGUCCCGGUAUCAUUCUUCAUCAACAACUGGAUCGAGUUGCGGUCCGAUUUCUUCAAGAUCUGCAAGGAGUUCCAGCGACCCACGCCUCUUCGAUGCGACACUAUCGGCCCCUGGCUAGACACCCUGGGCUUCUUGUCCUGGGUGGGCAGCAUCUCCAGCGCUGCGUUGAUCUACAUGUUCAGUGGAGAUUCUCAGACCGGUCCCAACGGACAACCCACCGAUAUCAAAGGAUGGGCAUUACUGUUGGUUAUCUUCUUCGCUGAACACCUCUACCUGAUCAUCCGCUACGCCGUGCAAACAGCCAUGAACAGACUCGAGCCUCCCAACGCGCGCAAGGAGCGUGGCGAGCGGUACCUCAUGCGCAAGCGAUACCUUGAAUCAACCCUGCAGGCUGAGGCAAACGAAGAGCCAGAAGAGAAAGAGCUCGUGUCCGAUGUUCCACCGGAACUGACUCGCUCUGCUCUCGAGGAGGAUGCUCGUCGUAACUCUGGACACUCUGCGGACCCAGCAGAGAGGUUCUGGAUGCGUCAGCGUGGCUGGACUGAGUCAGCGAAGGUGGGAACGGGGAUUAUUCUGGCCCAGCCCACCAAGGGAAAUGCCAAGAAGCAGCAGUAA